UUGUAUGCGUCAGUGUGUCCGCAAACAGACCUUUCACAAUAUUUUUGUAACUUUAGAAGCAUAUAAUAUGUAAUGUGGUUGAAACUUGAAGAUUACAUCACAUGGUUCAUUAGCCUCAGUUUUGCUUACGAAUGGAAAACGGUACACAGUUGCCAAAAAAAGCUCCAUUCAAACUUCCCUUAAGUUAAUAUUUUCUCCUUUACAAACAUAAUCACAUCCUUUUGUUUAUUACGGUAUGUCACUGUGAAAGCAAGCCGACCAAUCACUGUUCUUGCCACAACAUCCUGUCCAGGGUUAACCAUUAGGCAGCCUGGUGUGCGCAUACAAAUAAAGAUGAAGCACAGUAUCCGAUUUACCGCUGACAGUUUAGGUGUAAUAAAGGAAAGGACCUUUGGUGUUGUUUUUUUGAGUUUUGUGUCGUCUCCAAGACAGCUUCACACAUUUAAGGCCAAAUGGACUCAAUGUACAAAUAUCGGAAAUAUAGAAUUGAAAGGGAAGUACUGAAUGAGCAGAGACUUGAAGAGUUAGCGCAGAGAAAAACUGACGCUCAACCAUCUCUAAUUAACCAUCUUAAAGAGUCCAUCCGGUGUACAGUCCCGAAACUUAAACAUGGUGUUUUGAGGACAUUUCCUGCGUUAUAUUGGCUGCCCAAAUACUCAGUCCGGGACUAUGGCAUGCCAGAUCUCAUCUCUGGCAUUAGUGUUGGAAUCAUGCACUUGCCACAAGGUAUGGCGUAUGCAUUACUGGCCUCACUUCCUCCUGUGUUUGGCCUGUACACUUCUCUCUAUCCAGCAUUAAUUUACUUCUUUUUUGGAACGUCACGCCAUAUUUCAAUAGGUACAUUUGCUGUGCUUAGCAUCAUGGUGGGCAGUGUGACUGAGAGACUUGCUCCAGAUGUUGAUUUCCUGAAAGUGAAUGGGACCAAUGUCACAACCGAGGUGGACAUCGCUGCUCGAGACUCAUACAGGGUACAGGUGGCUGCUGCUACCACCGUUCUGGGAGGACUUAUUCAGGUUGUGCUGGGUUUGAUCAAAUUUGGUUUUGUGGGAACGUACUUGUCUGAACCUCUGGUGCGUGCAUACACAACGGCUGCUGCGCUCCAUGCCGUCGUGGCGCAACUGAAAUACGUCUUUGGGGUGUCGCCAGCACGCUUUAAUGGGCCGCUGUCGCUGGUGUAUACUCUGAAGGAUGUUUUCCUCUUGCUGCCGCAGUCGCAUUUCCCCACUCUCGUCGUCAGUCUCGUAUCCCUGGUGUUGCUGAUUGCGGCAAAGGAGAUCAACGCCUUCCUGAGCCCAAGGCUGCCAGUUCCCAUCCCAGUGGAGCUCAUCACAAUUAUAGCAGCAACUCUGAUAUCAAACUAUGGUCACUUAAAUAGAAAUUACACGAUUCAAGUUGUUGGAGAAAUCCCGAGUGGUUUAAGUUCUCCAAUUGUACCAGACGGGAGCAUUUUUCGUGAAGUUAUUGGAGAUGCUUUCGCACUGGCUCUUGUAGCGUACGCCAUAUCAAUUUCUCUCGGAAAAACAUUUGCACUGAAACAUGGAUACAGAGUGGACAGCAACCAGGAGCUGGUGGCUCUGGGUCUCAGCAACACAGUCGGCGCUUUCUUCCAAUCCUACGCUGUAUGUGCAUCCAUGUCUCGGAGUCUCAUUCAGGAGAGCACUGGUGGAAAAACACAAAUGGCUGGAAUAGCAUCGGCUAUAAUUGUCUUGGUGACAAUACUGAAACUUGGUCCAUUUUUCCAGGAACUACCAAAGGCAGUUCUGGCAUGUAUUGUCUUCGUGAACUUGAAGGGGAUGUUCAAACAAUACUCAGACAUUGUUCUUCUAUGGCGGAGCGACAAGACUGAUUUGGUGUUGUGGUUGGUCACGUGGGUGUCCACUCUGCUCUUCAAUCUGGAUCUGGGCCUUGCAGCUGCCAUUAUGUUUGCACUCCUUACUGUUAUCUUCAGGACCCAGCUACCAACGUACUCUCUUCUUGGAAAUGUUGAUGGUUCAGAACUGUAUGUGGAUAUAGAGAUUCACGAAGAGGCAAGAGAAAUCCCGGGUAUUACAAUAUUCCGCUCUUCUGCUACGGUAUACUUUGCUAAUGCCGAACUAUACCUCGAGGCGCUGAAAGAAAAGAGUGGACUUGAUAUCACGAAAAUGAUCAUCUACAAGAAGAGAGAGGAUGCCAAGGAGAAACGCAGACAAAAGAGAGAAGAGAGAUGGGCUCAAAGACAAGCCAAGAAAGAGGAGCUUGCUGACCAGACAGCAGUGUUCUGUGUGGAGAAAGGGGCCAAAACCUGGAGAGACACAAGCAUGAUGAAGAAGGGCACAGAUAAGGAUGAAGAAAACUCAGCCGAAGGGAAAAACAGCACAGCCUUUGUAAAACCCAAUACUAGAGAUGGUCAGCUUCGAUGGGAAUACUUGAAGGGAGGAAAUCUAGACGGCACCGAUUUUGCAUGGACGUCUGAGCAGAUGGAUGGAGACGCCACCACUCGGGGCUCCAGCAGCAAAGACACCCAAAGUCGUGACCUGGAGCGCAUCUCUCUCGGGUCUCUCGGCAAAUGGACCUGGGACAUCCAUUCCAUCAUUCUUGACCUCUCCACGGCCAACUUCAUCGACACAGUGGCUGCGAAGACCAUGAAAAACAUUUUCCAAGACUUCGGUGAAAUUGAUAUUGAUGUCUACUUGGCAGGUUGUCAGGCUUCUGUGGUCCAACAGCUGGAGCUUGGCCACUUCUUCUCCGGGUCGAUUACAAAGAAACAUCUAUUUGCCUCUGUCCACGAUGCCGUUCUCUACUGCUUGGACCAUCGCGGACAGGAGUCAUCAUUGGUUAUGAACAAUUACACCAAGCUUUAGGAGCCGGUGCCAAUCAGGACAUCCGGUUGGAAACAAAGGUGGGAGAGACCUUCCAAGAACUCACUGAACAUAGAUAUUUAGUGUGAUAGAUUCUUGAGGCAAAAUUUAGGUUGGUGUAAUAUUUCAGAAUGUCUUCAAAAAUGAUGUCAUUGUUGUUGUACAUCAUGACUGGGCCAAAUGCUUCAGCUCCGGCACUCAAUGAUGUGACUCACUCACUCACUCUAGUGGUCGAUUAAUAUUGGGAAUCUCAAUGGAUGUAUGUGAUUAUGGUGUGACAGUAAAAAAAAAAAAAA